CGAAAGAAGAAGACUUCAUGCCGUCGUGUUUGAGAACAUUACCAGCGGGAUACGCGGUUGAUUUACUGACCUCCAAUAAUUCGCUUAUCGCGUUGUUGCGCAGGAAUCUGUUGUUGUGACUUCUGUGCAGUUGUUUGUGUCUCAGCAUGGCCGUCGUCAUCCGUUUACAGGGACUGAGAGUCACAGCAGGUUCUCAGGAUAUUCGCCAGUUCUUUACUGGCCUCAAAAUUCCUGAUGGAGGGGUGCAUAUAAUUGGUGGCGAGCGUGAGGAAGCUUUCAUAAUAUUUGCUUCAGAUGAAGAUGCAAGAAGAGCGAUGACGCGUUCAGGGGGUUGUAUUAAGGGUUCCCCUAUUAACUUGCUACUGAGUAGUAAAGCAGAGAUGCAGAAUAUGCUUGAAAAAAGUACAAUGACUGUAGAGCUGGAUCAAAAGAGGAUACUUGAAGAGAAUGCACGACGGCGUGAUAUGGAUGAUUCAAGGAUGGCUAGAAGAUCACUGGAUCCUGACAUGGGCAGAAGAUUGGGUAGCAGAUCAGGUCAUUCACCUUCCACCUGGAACCAGAGGGCUUCAGGUCAUGAUGACGGCUUUUUGCGUUUGUUUCUAAAAGGAAUGCCUUUCUCUGUGACUGAAAAAGAUAUCUUUGACUUUUUCAGUGGUUUAGCUGUUGAAGAAGUAGUCUUAUUGAAAAAUGAGCGUGGCCAAAACAAUGGAAAAGGUCUUGUGAGAUUUGCAACAAGAGAGGAUGGGAAUCAGGGGUUGAAGAGAAAUGGAGAAUACAUUGGCUCAAGGUAUGUGGAAAUUUACCCAACAACUGAAGAAGACUGGCGUCGGGUUGUUGGUAAAUUACAGAUGGGUACAAACACAGAUGGCAGGUUUGAAAGAGGGGAAAGAGGGCGAUCACCUGUUUGGAGCCAGAGGAAUCCACAAAUCCAUGGGAGGUCACGUUCACCUUUGGUCCGGAGUACACUGUCGUCCACCAAGGAGGAGUUCUGUGUUUUGUUGGAAAACUUAUCUUUCGCAGUUGGGAAGGAUGACAUUAAAAUGCUUUUUCGUAAAGCCAGGCUUCAGGAUGAUCAGAUUCUCCACCUACUUGAUGCUGAUGGAAAAAGAACUAGAUCAGCAUUUGUGCUCUUCAGUAGUCUGCAAGACUACUGUGAUGCCUUGAAUCGGAACAGAAGAGAAUUAUUGCAGCGACCUGUCCAUAUUCACUCAGUCUCGAGAGAGAAAAUGAUCACUCUUCUGGAAUCUCAAAACACCAACAUCAGACCUGUGGGAAAUUCUGAAGGGUGUCAGGAAAGGCCUUCAUCUUACCACGACGAUCCUUAUGACGCUGAAAAAAUCUGUCUGCAUGUGCAGAACCUGCCAUUUGAUGUGCGGAAAGUUGAGAUCAUGGACUUCUUCCUUGGGUUUAAUAUUUCUGAGGACAGGGUUAUCUUGCUACGUGACAAUCAAGGUGCUGGGCUUGGAGAGGCUUUGGUUGUGUUCCAGUCUGAGUCAGAGGCUGUUGGUGCCCUCUCUCUCAAUGGACAAAGGUUUCUUGGGUCAGAAGUCAUUCUAAAAUGCAUUUCACGUUCUCAGAUGCAGGACAUUACAGGGCCUUCAAUACCACAAGAGCCACGGCUGAGAGAUGAACGCUACUCAGUCAGGAGUAUGGAGGCAUCCUUUCAACCUGGUGACAGAGAUUAUCCUGAUUUCAGGAUGCCUCAUGGUGGUAAUACACCGCCAAUUAAUGUACAGGAUUAUAUGCGUGGAGGUGGUGACUAUGACCCUUUUGGAGCAGGCCCAUGUAGACCACAGGGACGAGGUAAUGGUGUCCAAGGUGGCUCAGGGCCCCCGCCUCAGCAUUUUGGUACCCCCACCUGCAUAAAGCUACUCAACUUACCUUUUCAAAUCAAAGUUGAAGAGAUCUAUGACUUUUGUUAUGGUUAUAAUGUUAUCCCUGGAUCUGUUUCACUGCAUUAUGACAGGAGUGGGGCACCAAAAGGCUCUGCAACUGUAGUGUUUGAAUCACGCCAGGAGGCAUUAACAGCAAUUGAUGAACUAAGUGGCAGACCAAUAGGUCCAAGAAGAAUACAGCUGCUGUUGGUGUAAAGGUGAUUUUGCUUUUCAAGGCAUGUGAAAUGCCCAAGUAAACUGUAUAAAAUAUGCAAAGUUGGCGUGUAUAUAUAUAUUGGUGACAAAUUAAGUUAAUGGAAGAAUUUGCCUUUUUUUUUUUUUUUUUUUUAAUGUCAUGGCUUUGUAUGAUGUUUAACACGAUGAGUUUUCAUUUUACAUUUUUAAACUAAAUUUUAUUUCCAUUUUUAUUUCAAUUAGUAUUUUUCAACAAAAUACAGAUUUUUAUUUUAAAUGUUCAUCUUUAAGUAAAAAUUGUAGAUUUUUGACAGUUUUGUAUUUUCAUAUUUUGCCAGUGCAAACACAUUUUGCAGACAGAUGUGUGUGUGUGGGGGGGCUGUAUCAAUAAAAGGUGAUGUUCAAUCAA